AUGUCCUUCCCUACCAAGGCUCUCAAAGACCGGAUCAAAGGCCAACAGCCUGAUCCGGAUCGGACGAAAACCCUCCCGACCUUCUACCGGAACCUCGAGGAAGCUUUGGAUGGCCGGCGUGCCCUCUACAACCUUCGCCAGCACGUGCUCAACGACUGGCAAACCGGGGACAAAGUCGACUUCUCUUCCAACGACAUCCUAUCGUGGAAUGCCAGCGGCGCUCUACGUGCUGAAUUCCUCUCCAUACUAGCGCAAUAUCCAGACUUCUGCCCCGGGUCCGGUGGCUCCCGGGUCCUAGAUGGGAAUUACGAGUAUAUCGAGCUAGCGGAACAUAGGAUUGCCGCGUUCCACGGCGCAGAGCAGGGUUUAAUCGUGGGCUCUGGGUUCGAUGCCAACCUCGCAGUCUGGUCCGCCAUCCCGCGGCCUGGAGACGUGAUUGUAUACGAUGAACUGGUGCAUGCCAGCUCGCAUGAGGGCAUCGCGCAGAGCCUCGCCGCCUUGAAGGUCGGGUUCACUCAUAGCGAUGUCAAAGCGUUUCAUAGCACCCUGCUUUCGAUCCUCGACUCUCAGCCGCUGAUCAAGCGUGGGAAACGCUCGGUCCUGGUAGCGGUUGAGUCGGUAUACAGCAUGGACGGCGAUGUGUGCCCGUUACAAGAACUCGUCGACGCCGCGGAUGACGUCUUUUGCGAACAUGGCAAUAUUCAAUUUGUCAUUGACGAAGCGCACAGUACGGGAUUGUUUGGGCCUAAGGGCGCUGGGCUCGUUUGUGAAUUGGGCCUGGAACGCAAAAUCGCAGUGAGAAUACAGACGUAUGGCAAGGCCAUGGGAGCGAGUGGAGCGAUCAUACUAGGUUCUAAGACGGUGAAGACCGCACUGAUGAAUUUUGCUCGAUCGACUACAUUUACCACCGCGCCAACCUUUCCUUUCGUCGCCGCCAUUAGAGCAGGGUAUAACCUGCUGGAAACAAGAAAAGGGGAAAAAGCUCGGGAACGCGUGCAAAUCCUUGCGCGACUCUACUUUGAAUCGCUGACAUCGCACCCGACCUGGCAGGCGGCUCUGGAAAGGGGGCUUCUCGCUGUUCCUCUCUCCAACAACUGGGAGGAUCGCGCCUUUCUCACACAUAUUUUCACGGUGUGGACACGCCCCAAAUACCUGUAUUGGCUCUAUUUUCAUAUUCUAUCUUCCGGAUUCUGCGUGUGGCCUAUCGAGCACCCUGCCGUGCCACCUGGCCAAGGUCGGAUCAAGAUCUCGCUCCACGCCGGCAACACUGAGGCACAGGUCAAGGACCUCGUAGAUGUGACUUUCCAGUGGGUGGAAGAGAUUAUGGCCAUAGAGGACGGUAGGUCGACUGAGAAGGUGACCAAGGCUGCACGCCGAGUCUAUGAUUGGAUGAGGGGCGAAGGGGCACACUUUCUUCGGGACGACCCUUCAGCAUUCGACGCCCCAUUCUUUUCUAUUACCUCUAACGAGGCUUCAUCCAUGGAUCCGCAGCAGCGCUUGCUCUUAGAGACCACUUAUAGAGCCCUGGAAAACGCCGGUGCCCCCCUUGAAAAGGUUGCGGGAACCCAGACGGGAGUAUUUUCGGGGUCCAUGACAGACGACUACUCGAGGAUUCUCGCCAAGGACCCAGAUGAAGCGCCGACGACCACUGCUACCGGUAGUUCUAUGUCUCUCUUGGCAAACAGGCUCAGUUGGUACUUUGACUUCAAAGGCCCGAGUGUUCAGGUCAACACUGCCUGUUCCUCGAGCAUGAUUGCUGUAGACCUCGCAUGCCAGUCUCUGAGACUCGGCCAGUGUUCCAUGGCACUAGUGACGGGAUCCAACGUCAUCCUCAGCCCGGAGAGUUCUCUCUACCUAUCGAACAUGAAUUUCAUAUCCCCAGACAGUGUUUCUUAUAGUUUCGAUCACCGCGCCAACGGAUAUGGAAGGGGGGAAGGAGUUGUUGUGUUAGUGAUAAAGAACAUUACUGAUGCCAUUAGGGACGGCGAUGUGAUCCGCGCUGUGAUUCGAGCUACUGGAUCAAACCAAGAUGGAUAUACCCCGGGACUCACGCAACCGAGUGCUGCCUCUCAAGAGGAGCUGAUUCGGUCGGUAUACAGAAGCUGUAAUCUGGGCUUCGAGUCGACGCGCUACGUUGAGGCCCACGGUGAGUUCCUUCUGUUGCUCAAUAUUAUACAUAUUCUCGAUCUAAACCGACACUAUCAGGGACCGGCACGCAGAUCGGGGAUUCAACCGAGCGGCUCCAUCAAAGCCAAUAUCGGCCACUUGGAAGGGGGGAGCGGUCUUGCUGGUAUCCUUAAAGGCAUCAUAAUCCUGGAGAAGGGGAUCAUUCCUCCCAACCCGCUAUUUGAAAAAUGGAAUCCCAAGAUCAACGCUAAGUCAAGCAACAUCGAGGUCUCCUACAAGGUCCCAACUUCGUGUAUUCGGUGGCCAUCGGAGGGCCUCCGUCGGGUUUCUGUCAACUCGUUCGGCUUUGGUGGAUCCAAUGGUCACAUUAUCUUGGAUGAUGCCUACCACACGCUUCAGGCACUUGGUAAAAAUGGGAACCAUCGUACGCGCGUCCAAGUGAAACAGCCGCUUGCGAUCGAAAAGCCGAUUGGGGCAAUGGUCCACAAACCCAACGGCAACAGCACAAACGGCACCUCGCUUAAUGGAGGAGCACGGAAUGGAGUAACAGGAGAUCACACACCUCCAGCAACUCCGCAUCCACAAUCAACAUCACCAUCUCAAUAUGAACUAUUGGUCUGGUCUGCGAAGAGCGAGAGCGCUCUCAAGCGUAUGUUCAAGCAACAUAGCCAGUACUUUGAAGCGCAUGUAUCUGGAUCCCGAGAUCGGUUGCGUCAACUCGGAUACACGCUGUCCGCGCGGCGGAGUGCGAUGACGUGGAGGUCCUUCGCCGUCGUCGAUAAUACGGAGAAGACAGAGUCAACGGCCAGGUUGUCGCCUUCAGCUUGCAUCCGCUCGAGCCAAGACACGGGGCUUGCUUUCGUCUUCACCGGCCAAGGUGCACAGUACCCGAAGAUGGGGCUACUCCUUCUUCACUAUCCUGUAUUCCGUUCUACUAUGUUGAAAGCGUCCGAGAUCUUCCAUGAUUUAGGGGCUACGUGGUCGCUGUUAGACGAGAUUGAAGAUGGCAAGGGGAUCAAUGAUCCUGACCUUAGCCAGCCACUUUGUACCGCUUUGCAGUUAUCCCUGGUCGAGCUAUUGAGGAGUUUUAGGGUCAUACCAACCGCUGUAAUCGGCCACUCUUCUGGUGAAAUCGCGGCUGCGUAUACCGUUGGUGCCCUCUCCUUCGAAUCAGCUUGCAAAGUUGCAUACCAUAGAGGUAGACUGGCUAGACGAUUGGCUACGUCGACGUCCACUCGAGGCUCGAUGAUGUCCGUCAAUCUUCCAGAGGACAAAGUCCACGCCUACUUGGAGAAGGCAGGCCUUCUAGACAUUCAUGUGGCUUGUGUCAAUAGUCCGUUCAACGUCACCCUUUCCGGACCCGAAACAUCGAUCGAUGGGCUUCAGGGGUAUCUAGAAAAGGAGGAAAUUUUCGCUCGAAAGUUAACUACAGGCGUCGCAUAUCAUUCUCCCGCCAUGCAGGAAAUCGCUUCCGAGUAUCUUUCCUGCCUGGGGCGUCUCGACCAGCGGGAAACUGGGAGCGACAACACCACGAUGAUCUCCUCAGUUACCGGCGAGAAGAUCUCAAGAAAAAGGCUAUCAGAAAGCCAGUAUUGGGUUGACAAUCUAGUCUCACCUGUCCGCUUCGCCGACGCACUACGGUAUCUUGUGCUCAUAGCUCCUAAAAUAGAUGGCCUGAGGAGAAUAUCGAGCUACCUCGAAAUCGGUCCACACGGGGCGUUGCGCCGGCCCACUAACGAUAGCUUGGCCCAGAUUACCGAUAGAAAGACCUUCGAGUACACCUCUGUUUUAUCAAAGCUCGAGUCGCCCUUAAAGACCGUCCUAGAGACAGCAGGACGGCUGUUUGCUCGCGGUUACCCAGUAUCUAUCACCGCAGUGAACGCUCAGGGGCCCGGCAAUCCGCCAUUCUUGGUGGACCUACCAGGAUACCCGUUUGACCAUUCGAAUAUAUACUGGCAUGAAACACGCAUGAGUCGAGAAUGGCGUCUACGAGGGGCAUCUUCAAACUUGCUCGGAGUACGCGCGACGGAUUGGAAUCCGCUCGAGCCGCGGUGGCGCAAAAUGCUAAGUAUCGAAGAGAUCCCGUGGAUUGCGGACCACGUCGUUGGCGACGUUGCGUUUUUCCCGGCCACAGGAACGUUGAUGAUGGCGAUAGAGGCGGUAAAACAGAUGGCUUACGCGCACCGAACUAUAUCAGGCUAUCUCCUUAAGGAGGCCGUCUUUAAGAGCCCGAUUGCCGUGCGCCCGGGGGCCAAAACAGAGGUCGUAACGCAACUACGACCUCUGCAGCAUGUAUACGAGAAGACAUCGUAUCGUGCUGAGGUCCGUGUUUUCGCCGUCGUAGACGGCUACUGGAAUGAGUGCCUACACGCUACGAUAUAUACCGAGUAUCAGGAGACUCCCACGGAAGUCGACGACGGCCGCGAAACUCGUGCCACGGCGCAAGCUCUCACUCGAGGCUACGAGCAGGCGAAGAGCGUAUGCACCAAGAUUAUUGGAAAACACGAAUUCUACAAAUGGCACCACGAACAGGGUCUCAAGUACGGCCCUGCUUUCUCGCGAGCAGACGACAUCUUCUGGGAUGGCGGCGAACUCGGCGUAGCCUGCAUCGACGUGGCAUCCGCCGACCCAUUUGAGGGCGUAGUUCAUCCGGCCGUGUUUGAUGCGUCGUGUCAGGUGUGCUUCGCGGCCCCGUCUGGCGGCAUGUCGAAGUCGCUGCCGACAAUCAUCCCGCAUAGGAUGCAGGAUACCUGGAUCUCGGCGACGGGAUGGCAGUAUCCGCAUACAAGACAGAUCCAGGUAUUCACGACGUCAAAGCUGAAGACCUUGGUAUCCGGUCUAGAGUGCUCGUUCACGCUUCUGGCAGACGACGGCUCCACGUUGUCGCAUUGCAGGCGCCUCGAGAUGUCGCCUGUUGUGGGAAAUGAGUCAACGAGCGAUUCCAGGACAGCGCUGUUCCAUGGCAUCGAAUGGAGGCCCCAGCUGUCCUUGCUUUCCUCGAGCCAGCUUCAGAGUUACUGCAAUACGAAUAGCCUCGUCGAGGACGAUACUUCUAGGAUCAGCGACUGGAACAAGUUGCAAAAUGCUCUGCGCGCUGUUGCACUAUCCAAAAUUGUCCAGUUGCAAGAGACAGAUUGGUCGAAAGCGCCUUCGUACAUGAGGAAGUAUGUCUCUUGGCUGGAAAAAGAGACUCAAGGUUCGACAGACUACGAGGCAAGCGAGAAAGAUCUUGCUACCGAUCUUGAGGAUCUUCGGAGAGCAAGACCUUCGUGGAACAUGUUCGUCGAGAUCGCCCAGAACCUUGCUUCGAUUGUGGAAGGAAAAAUCGAUGCCGGGGCGCUCCUCUACUCCACGACGACGCUCGCGCAAGGAUUCUUGGACGAAAUUACCCGGCCCCUACAGAAGCAGGAAUUCGUCUCUUUCAUGGAGCUCUCGGCGCAUCAAACCCCAGAUCAGAAAAUCCUUGAGGUCGGGGCGGGUACGGGAACUAUGAUCAGCCAUAUACUCUCGACGCUCUGGCAGAUCGAGGAGCGCAAUGGCGGUAUUGCGUUCUCCGAGUAUAUCUACACCGACAUCUCGACGGCCCAAUUAGAGAAAGCCCGGGACCAAUUCGCUGAACGCGAGGAACGCCUCUCUUUCCAAUGUUUAGAUAUGGAAAAGGAUGUCACUACACAAGGAUUCGAGGCUGGUAUCUACGACACUAUCUUGAUCGGCAGUGUCCUACCUGCUUCCAAGAACGUGGCCGACACCCUCCACAACCUCCGACGCCUUUUAAAGCCGAGUGGUCACCUCAUCAUAAGUGAAAUCGCUGUCCCUGAUGUUUUCGCGGUAGGCUUCGGCUUCGGUGUCCUAUCGAGUUGGUGGUCCGGGAAAAAUGACUCUCAUCCCUAUUGCCCAACGAUGACUGAGUCGGAGUGGGAGGCCGUCCUUCAAGAAAGCGGAUUUUCAGGCAAUGACUUGGUCAUCAGGGACUCGAUAAGUGAUGCGGCGCAUCUUAAUAGCGUGAUUAUCUCUUCGGCCAAAGACGAUUCACGCCAUUCGGUUGAAGGUUCCCGAAUCGUCGUCGUCAUUGACGACCAAAACAAGCACCAACAGGAUCUCGCGUUAUCCUUCGAGAGUAGCUUUAUCGACUCUUCGGAAAGCCGUCCCAAAGUUCUCCCACUCUCAGAGGUUGGCAACACGGAGAUACUCCCGACUGAUUACGUCGUCUUCCUUGCGGACUUGGGCGGAUCACUUCUGUCUCAACCCACAGAGAGCAGUUUCAACUACAUCCAGAAACUGGUUCAACAGUCUAAUAAUUUGCUCUGGGUAACGUCAGCCGAAAUACCCGAGAGCCCUAGUUCAAUCUGCCCAUACCCGUAUUCGGGAUUGAAGGACGGUUUCCUACGCACACUCCGCGCCGAGUUUACUAACAAGCGCAUUGUUUCUCUCUCCAUAGAGGGUAAACCCGCGGAUGCACCAGCCGCGAUCCUAGACCACAUUGUCAAGGUUCUGGAGUCGGCAUUCGGCACAGCGUCACCCGAGGUUGAGUAUAUUGUUCGAGACGGCCUGCUACUGACCGGACGGCUGGUUGAGGAGACUGUCCUGAACGAGGGACUCGGCUCGUCCACCACUCCACGGCCGAAGACCGAGCCCUGGCUCCCGGGCCCCCCUCUAAAGCUAGACGUCGGAAGCCCAGGAUCGCUGGAGACGCUGCGCCUAGUCGAAGAUAGAGACUUUUAUAAUACCGAUCUCGGCCCGACCGAGGUAGAAAUCGAAGCCAAGGCUUGGGGCGUCAAUUUCCGAGACGUAUUCAUCGCCCUCGGGCGGCUGGAGGAGGAUGAUUUUGGCACCGACUGUGCCGGCGUUGUUACGAAAGUAGGGCCCCGGUGCCGGUUCGUACGCCCCGGUGACCGUGUAUGCAUGUUUGUGGCCGGCUGUAUGCGUAUGUGGGCGCGUUCGGACGAAGGGGCCGUCGUUAAGAUUCCGGACUCGGUUUCGUUCAACGAGGCCUGCGCGGUGGUCAACCCAGGGAUCACAGCGUGGUACUCUUUAGUCGAGGUCGCGCGUUUGCAGAAAGGCGAGAAAGUGCUCAUCCACUCGGCAUCGGGAGCGACUGGGCAGCUCGCAGUCCAGGUCGCGCAGCUGGUCGGCGCCGAGGUGUUCGCGACGGUCGGUUACAACCAUAAGAAGCAGCUUCUUAUUGACCGUUAUGGCAUUCCUGAAGACCAUAUUCUGUAUAGCAGGAAUCCCAGCUUCGCUAAGGGAGUUAUGCGUCUUACGAACGGCCACGGCGUGGAUGUGGUACUGAACUCUCUAGUAGGAGAGAGCUUACGCGUGUCGUGGGAGUGCGUUGCCCCAUACGGACGAUUCGUCGAGAUCGGAAAGGCAGACAUCAAAGCCAAUUCUGCGUUGCCGAUGGCAUGCUUCGCUAAGAACGUCUCUUUCUCGGGGGUCGACCUUCACCAUAUCUUGGUCCACAGGCAGGAUUUGGGGAAGAAGCUCUUACACAAGACUAUGGAAUUGGCCGGAAACGGCAGCAUCCAUUCGCCAGCACCCCUGCACGCCUACGAUAUUUCAAAGGUCGAAGAGGCCUUUAGAUACUUGCAGAGCGGAAAAAAUACUGGACGAAUCAUUAUCCAGAUUGACCGUUCAACUGAAGUACAGAAAUGCCUCACUCACUUCAGGACAUGGAGCAUUGACAGCAAUUCUACAUACGUCGUCGGCGGCGGCCUGGGCGGUAUCGGACGAUCAAUUCUCAAGUGGAUGGCUAGGAAAGGGGCGAGACAUCUCAUAGUUCCUUCGAGAUCCGGUGCUACCACUAAAGCGGCGGCUAGCAUCGUAGACGAAUUGACACGGCAGGGUAUCAACAUCGCGACACCACGUUGUGACGUAUCCGUGGCAGACUCACUCUCCCAGGCCCUUAAAGAGCACAGCAAGAUCAUGCCUCGGAUUCGCGGAUGUAUAAACGCGGCCAUGGUUCUGAACGACUCGACUUUUGACAAUUUGACGCAUAUCCGAUGGGAACAGACGAUUCGUUCCAAGGUCCAGACUUCGUGGAAUCUGCAUGCUCUUCUGCCGGCAGACCUUGACUUCUUCAUCCUCCUAUCUUCUGUUUCCGGCAUCAUCGGGAACCCCGGUCAGUCUAAUUACGCGGCUGGGUGUACGUUCCAAGACUCGCUGGCCCGCUACCGUAACUACCACCAUCAGAGAACGAUAUCCAUCGACCUUGGCGUAGUACGCGGGGUCGGCGUCGUUUCGGAGACCGCAGCGCUCCAGAAGAAAUUUGCAGGGUUGCAAGACUUCGCUCAGAUUAACGAAGACGACAUAUUGGCGUUUCUAGAUGUCUACUGCGACCCGGAGCAGCAGCAGUUCUUUUCGAACAACCCGAGGAGGAGCCACAUUGUUAUGGGCGUCGCAACGCCCGUCGAGCUCCUCGCUCGCGGACUUGAGCCGGCGGAGUUCACGCAACGACCUCUCUUCGCACGUUUCAGCCGGCCUCGCGGCCCGCCCCAGACCCCACGCGCGGCGGACAAUGUAAACUACGCCGCCCUAUUCCGGCGGUCGGAGUCGGCUGAGGAGCGGGCCGCCAUCGUCGUGAAGUCCCUUGCCAAAAAGCUGGCGCGGGCGUUGUUGAUACAGCCCGAAGACGUGGAGGCGGAGGUGGACCAGCCGCUUCAUGCGUUUGGCGUGGAUUCGCUCGUCGCUAUAGAACUAAGAAACUGGAUUGCUAAAGAGUUCGCUGCCGAUAUAGCUGUUUUCGAGCUAAUGGGUGGCAGGUCUGUCGCGGCCAUUGGAGAGUUGGUGACCAAGGCGAGUCAGAGUCAGGUAAGAAAAUGA